UUUACUUUACAUAUGAUACAUAAGUCUAAUUUUUAAUAGUAUUUUUUUUCUCCGACAUGAGGUGCAGUAUUAUUUUCCCUCUCGAUUAAAAACUCGUAGGCGCAUAAUGGAAAAGAUAAACGAGGAUAGUUCAUUGAGUAAUAUUAAACAAUCGUGGCCGAACGAUGCUUCGAACAGUCUCUUAUCGAAGGAAGACAGCCAAUGGGAGCAGAUCUUCAAACACAAACGAUCGGCGAAAAAGUCCAUAAAAAACCCAUUAUUCCUGAAGGAGUUGUUUGCCAAGGAAGAAGAAUCUCCCGUCAGCUCGACAAGUAUUGUUGAAGAACCCGAAACGGUCGACAUAGACAAUCGCAUUGAAGACAUUGUGGCGAACAUAAGGAAGAAGAGCAAGCGCAAGAAGAAACCUCCAGCACCAAUCUGUCCACCGGCUCCUCCCCAGAGUCUCGCUCCCGACGAAGUCGAACCCCAACCGGAAACGGAAGAAGCGGAGAUCCUUUUCAACCUCCGGGCGUUUUACCUCAACCAAGCAGAUCUGGAUAGAAUGCCGCGAAGGGAGAAGAUGUUCGUGUUCGACCCUGUCGAAAAGAAGAUGGUCGGGAAGAUGACGAUAUCAACGGAGUUUUCCGAGGACAAGGUGUUUCUCUCGGUUGAGGGCAUCAAAACUGACGAGGCCAACGAACUGAGAGACGUCUACUUUCAUUUUGCCUGGCUCACAAACGAUUUCGUCCCGUUGAAAGAAUUCAGGACCGAACAGGCUUGGGCUCCGGGAGAAGAAUACUUCAGGUCUUUACACAUAAUGAGGCUGGGGGACGCUGGACUUAAUGUUAGCGCAAAACGAGGAAGUAACGGGGAUGAAAUAAACGAGUCCUACUUCGCAAAAAUGAAGUCCUUAAAGCGCGUGCUUUCGGAGGCGGGCAUAUUCAUACUCAUGAGAAAAAUGGUCUACUCUUACUACGUCGGAACUCUUAAAAUGAAGUGCAUCUUUACUACAGGCGACAUCUGUCCCACGAACAUCCGCUGUUUUCCGUCGAAGCGGAUGGUACUGAACAAUGUCGCCUUGUACGUGGUCCGCAUCCGCAGAAAGGUACUCUGCCCGAACGGCAAGGAAGAAGUCACUAACACAUUUUUCACAACGGCCGGCCAGUACAUCGCCCAGGUGUACAAAAACGAGAGGUACCGUAUACAGAUCGAUCCGUUUGCGUCCCUCGACGCCGACGCCAUAGUAUCACCGGAAAGGAUUGUUCCUCUUCGCUGCCGAUACGAAGACGAUCCCCAAGUAAACUCAUUUUACAUGGACGAAGUCGAUAGAUGGUCUUAUAAAGACAGGUUGUACCUCGAAGAUCAUCCGGAAGUAAUGAACAUCAUAUCGCAGCUUAUGAAGGAAUUUCUUCUGAACAAACCUCAUCGUGUCGUAGCGUUUGCUCAAAAUUAUUUUACAAGACUUUUAUAAAGUUAUAGUUUCAA